AUGUUCCUUUACAACAUCACCCUGCAGAGAGCUACUGGCAUCAGCUUUGCCAUCCAUGGAAACUUCUCAGGUACGGGGGACCAGGGGAGAUUAAACAUGUCUGAAUUAUCCAAGUACACUGCUCUGUCUAUUAAUUCUGUUUGUUAAUUGACGGUUCUUUCUGUAUUCAGGAACCAAGUUGCAGGAGAUUGUGGUUUCCCGGGGUAAGAUUGUGGAGUUACUCCGUCCAGAUGCCAAUACUGGCAAGGUGCACACUCUUCUGACGGUGGAGGUUUUCGGGAUUAUUCGCUCGCUCAUGGCGUUUCGUCUGACCGGAGGAACCAAGGAUUAUAUUGUGGUGGGCAGCGACUCCGGGCGUAUCAUUAUUUUGGAAUAUCACCCCUCUAAGAAUAUGUUUGAAAAGAUCCAUCAAGAGACCUUUGGAAAAAGUGGAUGCCGUAGGAUUGUACCAGGUCAAUUCCUGGCUGUAGACCCUAAAGGCAGAGCUGUGAUGAUCAGUAAGUACAGUGCUUUCCUGGGGAGAUUGCUUCUAUGGAAAUCCUACUUAGGUAUACUUCCUGUAUUGUCGUCAAAGCAUACUGUCUGCAUCCUGAUUGUCAGCACACAGGAGCUCUGUGUCUAUACCAGUAUUGUGUGACAGCCCCUCCAUGCUGGUAUAUGCUCCCACCAAGCCAGUCCCCAGUUUGUGCAUAUAGAUCUUGGGAUAAGAGCCCCUCUUAGUGCUUAGAAUGCAGUCUGUAGUGUCUGCUUAUCUGACAUGCCUAGGUUUCUCAUGCUGUGACCAGACGCUAAUAUUGCUGCUCUGUGUCCCAGCCUUUGUAAGCCCCUCCCUCUGGCUGCUGCACAUGUAUUUACGUCAUGUGUUUUUCACCAGGUGCUAUUGAGAAGCAGAAGUUGGUCUACAUUCUGAAUCGAGAUGCUGCGGCCCGGCUGACCAUCUCCUCUCCACUGGAAGCCCACAAGGCCAAUACCUUGGUGUAUCACGUGGUGGGUGUCGACGUGGGCUUUGAAAAUCCGAUGUUCGCCUGUCUGGAGAUGGAUUAUGAGGUGAAGAAUUUUGUAUUGCUUAUGGCCAGCCUGUUCAGACGAGAAGGAUGAGGUUUCGUGUCUGGCUGUAUACAGUUCAAUGGCUCACCUCAUUUUAUUUAAUUUGAGAGUUCUGGUCCUAUUUCCUGUAGCUGUCCGUUUUAGAGCAGCGUCGGUUUAGAAAUAUUGGUGCUGUCUGAAAUGAAAGGGUUAAUUCAUAGUGUCUGCAGUUUGAAUGUGGAGCGUUUUCAGUAUAUUAUUAAGUAAAGUGAACUUCAAAUUUAGGGGCUGAGGAGCCCAAUUGAAAAGCAUAGCUGACUUUGUUUUUACAAUUCACUGUCAGUUCUCCCUUUUAGUGAAUAACAUACGAGUUUAACCCCUUUGCUGCUGGAGGUGUAACUCCACCUGAAGUGUUGUCUAUUUAGCAUCAUUAGUUCUUGGCAUAUUACUACCAAAUAAUAUUUAUUGGCCAAUGAAUAGCCAUUGGCUGGACUGUUUGGAGUAACCCUUGUAAUAUCUGUGUGUUUUUGAUUUCACUCCCUGUUCCUGUACAGAGUGUUCAAUGUUUUGAUAUGAGAUGGUGAAUAGAUGUUUUGCAUCAAGUGAUACACUGUCAUUUAGAUUCUGUCUGUACACUCCUUUCUUGGUACAUGUGGUACUGGUAGCGGUUUUCCUGGCUGUAACAUUUCUUACAUAAGCAGAGACUCUGCAUUCUGUGAUUUAUGCUUAAAAUGUACUUUUAUACAUGUUUUCUUUAGGAAGCUGACAAUGACCCCACAGGGGAAGCAGCCGCCAACACGCAGCAAACACUAACUUUUUAUGAGCUGGACCUUGGGCUGAAUCACGUGGUGCGCAAAUACAGCGAGCCGCUGGAGGAGCAUGGGAAUUUCCUGAUCACAGGUAUAGACUUCCUCCUCAAUCGGAGUCACAGGCCAAUCUCUUCUGCUGUGUGCAAAGUGUCCUGAACCAUUCCUGUGCAUAAUAUGAUGAGUUUUUAUGUCUCUUCUCUGAUAAAUCAUGAAGAGAUUCUGAUUCUGAUCAGCUGCACACAUUCUCUGUAUAAUUGGUCCCGCUGGAAGCUCACUGCUAUCUGUAGGUCUAACCCAAUGAAUACUUUCCCACCAUUUAGUUCCUGGCGGUUCUGAUGGUCCCAGCGGCGUGCUCAUCUGUUCAGAGAAUUACAUCACGUACAAGAAUUUUGGAGACCAGCCAGAUAUUCGAUGUCCCAUCCCAAGACGACGGGUGGGUCUACUCUCCAUAAAAUACUUUAUUUUGAUCAAUACUUUGAUUUGAAAGAUUUGUGAUGAGUUUUCAUGUCUCUUCUCUGACUCAGUCCCUGGAGAGGAAACCAAAUCUCUGAUGUCUUGCCUUAGUUUAGUAAAGUGGAAACACUGUGGUUGUGCAGCAGAGAAUAUACGGGCCUAAUAGUCCAUGUAAUCCUUUUUCUCUCUUUCCCCUUUCUAUAUGUAGAAUGAUUUGGACGAUCCUGAACGAGGAAUGAUUUUUGUCUGUUCAGCUACACACAAGACCAAAUCGAUGUUUUUUUUCCUGGCUCAGACUGAGCAGGGGGACAUCUUUAAGAUAACCCUGGAAACCGAUGAGGAUAUGGUAAAUAAUUCUGUAGAUCAGAAAUGUGUUUAGAGCAGCCGGAAUCAUCAAACUGUUAUCUCACGGACUGGGGGUGUGAUGGGGCUACCUUUCUAAUUGGCUCUUGCUUUUCAGGUAACAGAAAUCCGAUUGAAGUAUUUUGAUACGGUUCCAGUGGCAGCAGCGAUGUGUGUUUUGAAAACGGGAUUUCUUUUUGUGGCGUCAGAAUUUGGAAACCAGUAAGUUGCAUGUCUCCAUUUUCAUCUAUUCACCCAUGUUUAACCCAUUAUUGUGGUCGAGUUUUGUAUACAUGUCCAAGUUCAGAAUCUUUAGUGAAUCGAAGUGGUCACCAGACCUGCAAGGCACUGCUGCAAAACGGGGCAAUGGUACUCCUAGUCACCCUGUAACUCCUCCACUUUUGGUCAGAAUGUUUGGGGGGAGAUGUGCAUGGGGGGUUGUUUACAUAUUGGUACUUGACUUCACACCACGAUCCAUACUCUGGGGCAAAUGGGCAUCAUGUGACUCUUAACCAUCAUAAUGCUAAUAGGAUGCUCGUAUCCCAUUACCCCCACCCAGUUAUCUCUACCAGAUUGCUCAUCUGGGUGAUGACGACGAGGAGCCAGAGUUCUCCUCUGCAAUGCCCCUGGAGGAGGGGGACACCUUCUUCUUCCAGCCUCGUCCACUGAAGAACCUGGUGCUUGUGGAUGAACAGGACAGCCUCUCUCCCAUCAUGUGCUGCCAGGUACUGUGCUUACAUUCUCACUCUCCUCAAUGCUUAGUAUUUCAAGGUUUCCUGAAGAUACAUUGAACUGUUUCUGGUCUGUCUGUCUUUGGUUUUUUUUUACUCUGGAGGUAGCCAUACUGUGCCCCAUAGACUGUAUGCUGCUCCUUAACUACCUUAUGCUUUUGGUAACUCUUUGUCCUUCCCUUGUUCAGAUAGCGGAUUUGGCCAAUGAAGAUACACCACAGCUCUAUGUUGCCUGCGGUCGGGGACCACGUUCCUCACUUAGGGUUUUGAGACAUGGACUCGAGGUGAGAAAUCUGUCCAUUUGUAUAGAGUUACAGGCUUGCUAUGAUGAGUAUUCAUGUCUCUUCUCUGACAAACACAUGGGGAAGGUUAUAGAAUGCUGAGCCUUCAUAAUAUGUUAAGAGAUUGUGUGUUCUGUCAGUGACUGCACCAGCUAACUGCCUGUCUAAUUCUAGGUAUCUGAAAUGGCUGUGUCUGAGCUGCCCGGUAACCCAAAUGCUGUGUGGACGGUUAGAAGGCACAUUGAAGGUAUGCACGCACCGUUCUGUGUGCUGAACAAGUGGCUUUAUAGCUGUAAGGUUGUAGUACUGUCUAGCUGUUUGCAGUGAAUGGAGAGCAGAGUGUGUGGGUUUACAUGCCUACUUAUGGCUACAUUAGUGGCCUUGCAGUGGUACUCUGAAUGGAAUUUCUAAAAUGAGGGGAGUCCUCUUUAUUUGUCGUCCUAAACAGAGCUGCUGAAAUAAACAGCUAUCAUAUGUUCUCCAGUAUCUAACCAGACUCGUCACACCGAUGGAGCAGGCUAGCUAUAAUUAGUGAGGAAAUCUUCUCCCUAUUAUAAAUAUUUGGUUUGUUCCCAGUUUAAAGAUCCAAUAUCUUUAAUAAUGGAAUUCUAUUUUAUGUAUAUGCAGACAUCUAGAAGACUUGUGUGUUUUGGUAUCCAGCUGCCUUCUCCCAGUCUUUGUAAGAUUGGCAGUAGACUAUAUGUCUUAGCCGGCUGCUUCACAGUGAGCAGAGAUUGCGCCCUCCUUUAACUGUGAGAGGCAGAUUAGUAAUAAUUUUCAUAUAGUCCAAAGGUUUCUGUAAAAGAUGAUCUGAUUAGUCCCCUUUAUACAAGCUUCUGGGUUUUAGCUGUUUAAAUUGAUACAGAAUUCUAAAUUAAAGAUGGGAAGCUCCCUGUAUGGGCUACUGUCAGAUGCUUACAUUUUAAGUAAUUCCUUGGGCUCUCUUCUCCUGCACUAUGCUGUUCAAUAUUAAAAUGUGUAUAACCCUGUUUCUUAAUGUCUGGCGAUGCAGCAUUUUUAAUCAGGAACAUGGUACGACUGGUUCCCCACACACCAUCUCCUAUCGAACUAACUCUGGCUGGUACUUGGUGAUACACUCUCCCAAUACCAAGCCUUUCUUUUUCUUCCGCAGGUAUCUGGUGGGGGAGGAGGUGCUGGCUAACCCCCCUCCACACACACAGGUGUGUAUCUGCUGCCGUCCCUUCUGCUGUAUGAAGCUGGCCCUUCACUGCAGUUACAAUAAGUCAGUCAGUUGGCAAUGAACACACAUGGUUACCUGACCUCUGAUGUUAAAACUACUGCAAGCUCUCCUUUAGGACCAUUUAUCUGAGUGACUUUAAUAUGCAUUCUUCUUCCUGCCCCUCUGUACCCCACUGAUAGACACAGGGUAACAUGGUAAACAUGGGUGUGACUGGAAUCCGUGUGUUUUAUCUGUGUGAACAUCUAGUACUUCCUCUCACACCUUCCCAACCUUUAAAAGACCUGGGGAGAUAGUUGGAAGUGGUUAUGGUGGGCUUGUAAUUGGGCUGUCCAGCAUGCUGUGUAAAACUGUCCUUCUAGUAAGUGUCAGCCAUCUAUCCUGAAACAUUUGAGAUUGGGGGGGGGGGGUGUAUAGAAAUGUUUCCAAAUCUAUUAUUGAAAGAUUCUUUUGUGGAACCGGCAUGAGGGCAGUGUGUGUGUUUUAUUUAGGAAAAACUCCAGGCACCAUAACCACUAAAGAAUGCUCCAAUGUAAUAAGUGAAACAAUUUGCCAAUGGCUUUAUUUUUAACUGGUGACUGACAGUUUCUGUCCCCAGCCUCUUAAAGAGCCAGGAACUCUCUGCCUGAGCUAAGCGCGAUAGUGUUGGGUGCAGCUCAUUGGGUGAGAAUGAUCAGCUGGCAUGCUCAGCCAAUGAGCUGGCCUUGCUUUGCAGUGCUUACCUCAGAAGGGGCCGGGAGAGGCGUCUAGUGGCUCUAGGUAAGAAGUGGAAUUGUCUAGAAGACAGUUUGACAACUUACAUUAAGGGGUGCUUGGAGUGUACAUAGUGAGUGUAUGUUUGUAUGAGGGUACCAUUAUAUCAGUUAUUAAGGAGAUAAAUACCGGUUAUGUUCCAGAUAAGUUGAAAAUUAAACAAUAUGUGUAUAAUCUCAAUACAGAGUGUCUUUCUGCAGACGUUGAUGCAUGCGGAGUCUUUUUCUGACUUGGCUUAUGAUUUAAUAUUGUUGGAUAAGCUUUUCAAAUGAUACUUUGGGAUACUUUUAUUUAAAAUAUAUUAACCAUUAUCCAAAAUUAUAAAAUUGAGGCCUAAAUUAGGUGAAACGGUCUCGUUUUAUUUCGAUUCGCCUUGUCUUUAACAUGGCUGUCAUGUCGGUCUCUGACUGUGUUCUUUGCUGUCCCCUCAUGCAGAUGAGUAUGAUGCCUACAUCAUAGUGUCCUUCGUGAAUGCCACCCUAGUUCUUUCUAUUGGAGAGACUGUAGAGGAAGUUACAGACUCUGGUUUCCUUGGAACAACGCCCACUCUGUCCUGCUCCUUAUUGGGCGAGGACGCCUUAGUGCAGGUAUGCGAUGUCACUGGGAUAGCAGUGUGAUGGCACAAUGUUGGGGCUUUGUUACAUUCUGUUACUGAUGGCAUUGAGGGUUAUCCUCUUGUUUUAGGUGUAUCCUGAUGGAAUCCGGCACAUCCGCGCAGACAAGAGAGUCAAUGAAUGGAAAACGCCAGGGAAGAAGAUCAUUGUGAAAUGUGCUGUGAACCAGAGGCAGGUGGUGAUUGCACUAACUGGAGGCGAACUUGUCUACUUCGAGAUGGACCCAGUAAGUCACUGUGACUGCCUCCUGAGAAUAGCUGCCAUUUCCAGUUUAAACCAGCAUUAUUGAUAUGUUCUCACCAUGUCAUAGUUCCUCUUUUCUUGAUAUGUACAGUGUAUGAUGCUUAGUUUUUCACUAUGGGAAUGAUUAUUUGGGGUGUUUAGCUAAACAUGCAUUUGAUUUCCUGCCUUCAUUACAAUAACCUGUUUGGGGGUGGUUAAUUAGCGGCAUGUCUUUCUGGGCAGUGAAUGGAAAAUGUUUGGCCAGUAAUCUGUUUCUAUGGAUGCUGUCACAUGGUUUUUGUUCUCUCCAUUGUCAGUCAGGGCAGUUGAAUGAGUACACAGAGCGUAAGGAAAUGUCCGCAGACGUGGUGUGCAUGAGUCUGGCUAAUGUCCCACCUGGGGAGCAGCGAUCACGCUUUCUGGCUGUUGGACUUGUAGAUAACACUGUACGAAUCAUCUCACUGGACCCUUCGGUAAGUUUAUUUUCUAUUAUAUGUGUGACUUGUUAUUCCUGAUCUGGCUAGCGUGCUCCCAGCAUUUUGAUAUUAAGGCUGAUCCUGACACAUGUGACCUCGAUAUCUGUCUCCCUCAGGAUUGUCUCCAGCCGCUCAGUAUGCAGGCUUUGCCUGCUCAGCCAGAGGCAUUGUGUAUUGUGGAAAUGGGUGGAGCAGAAAGGCAGGACGAGCUCGGUGAGCGAGGUUCCAUUGGAUUCCUGUAUCUCAACAUUGGACUGCAGGUGAGAAGAGACAUUUUUCUUUGUGUGAAGGUGUCUAGUUAAUGUAUUUGCAGUGAGAUCGCCUGUUAUGCGACACCUAGGGAGAUGUAUCCAUAUGUAAUAUCUGAUUCUAAUAAUAUUAGAACUGGGUUUAUUGUGUUUUGCUGGAUUGAGCAAAAGGCCAGGUUUGCCCAAAUGCUGAUGUUUCAUGUUUACCUAUUCCCGCAGAAUGGAGUACUGCUGAGGACUGUGCUAGAUCCAGUCACUGGUGACUUGUCUGAUACGAGAACCCGAUACCUGGGAUCACGUCCUGUCAAGCUGUUUCGUGUCAGAAUGCAGGGACAGGAGGCGGUGAGUGCAUAGAACUAUUCCGAUUUAUGAGGAAUGGGACAGUAAGAAAUUACAAUAUACAAGUAAAGUGUGUUAAGGCGCUUCUUACAAAUUAUACAAUGGGGGUAAGAUCCACAAACACUGAUAGGUGAAGUGUUCCCCCCCCAAAAAAAACAAACAAAGGGACAAAUACAGAAUAAAACAAUCUGUUUACAUAAAAUCACCAGUGGUAAAAAGUGUAUGGAAUUAUAACACAAAUACAUCCAUAUCGCUAGCAGUUACUGGGAUAAUGGAGAAGACAUAAAAACAAGAUUAAAACAACAUAGUGUGUAGUGUUAGUUACAGCCAUUAUCAUGUAAAUGCAGCUCCAUACAGAGAAUUCAUCUUUCUUGUUCUCAGUAGCUGAGAGUUCUGAGGUCCGUAUAAGUCAUCGCUGAUGCUCUUCUGUUUACAAACCAGCUGUUUUUAUUGCUGACCGUAUUGUCCGUUGUUGGGUGUCCUUCUAUUGCUACUACUGGUUGGGCCGUCCCAAUACUGAGCUACAGAUUUAUGGCUGAAAUGCUGGAAUCUGUGUGAAUUUCAUGACCAGUAUAUGGAGCUUUCAGGGUUCCUCAAAUCUGUUUGUGGCAGCCACUGUCAGGUCUCUGGAAGUAUGGGCCAUCAUGCUAUCACUAAUUUCAGGAGGAGCUGGAAUCCAAACCCUUAAUUCCACCUAUAGCAGAAUAUGUAGGUUUAGAAAUGGAGACUUUUUUUUUUAUAUAUAUAUAUAUAUAUAUAUAUAUGUCUGCAAUGCGUUCUAGUUGUCAUGUUGGUUAACACUUUAUUUUUUUUUAUUUUUUCUUCAUCAUUUUGUCCUAUUUUAGGUCCUUGCUAUGUCUAGCCGUUCAUGGCUGAGUUACUCUUAUCAGUCCCGGUUUCAUCUUACGCCUCUUUCCUAUGAGACUCUGGAGUAUGCAUCUGGCUUUGCUUCUGAGCAGUGUCCAGAGGGUAUAGUAGCUAUUUCAACCAACACACUGAGGCAAGUACAGAUAUACCAUUAGUAACACUAUUUUUGCACUCCGCAGCCGCACGGCGUGUUGUGGUCCAUUUUUUUUUUUUUUAGAAACAAGGUGUAGACUGAUCUUCCAGUGUCAGUCUUCUCACUCCUGAGAGACCUUCAUGCAGUCUAGAUUGCAUCCGGUUUUAUUUUGUUUUACAGUCUAGCUCUUUGCUUAGCAGAAUGUUUAUAUGUAUUUUGGAAAAGUGUCAUGUUUUUACUUUUGUUUUUUUUGUAUUUUAAUUUAUGAAAGUGUUUUUCUUCCCUUCAGAAUUUUAGCUUUGGAAAAGCUGGGAGCAGUAUUUAACCAGGUGGCUUUUCCUCUUCAAUAUACUCCUCGCAAGUUUGUAAUCCAUCCUGAAAGUAACAACCUGAUCAUUAUAGAGACCGAUCAUAAUGCGUACACAGAGGCCACCAAGGCCCAACGCAAGCAGCAGAUGGCAGAGGUGAGGCUUGAAGCUUAUAUGUAGGGUUAAAUCCGUUUCCCUCCUUAAUGUAUCCUUGUCUCAAUCAUUUAACCUAGAAACUGAUCUAUACCGCAUUACACGGCACAUGGUUCCUGGUUCUCAGACCUUGUAUGUCUUCUCCCGUUUAGGAAAUGGUGGAAGCGGCAGGAGAAGAUGAGAGAGAGCUUGCCGCAGAGAUGGCUGCAGCAUUCCUGAAUGAGAAUCUGCCAGAGUCCAUCUUUGGUGCCCCCAAGGCUGGAAAUGGCCAGUGGGCAUCAAUUAUCCGUGUCAUGAACCCCAUCCAAGGAAACACUUUGGACCUGGUGCAGCUGGAGCAGAACGAAGCUGCCUUCAGGUUAGGCUGGAGCUGUAUGGUUUCAUCUGUCUUCAUAUCUGAAGUUAAAGCAUUCCUAUUAAUGUAGGAAAAGAUCUGUAGAUCACUGUUGGGACCAGCAACCUCAUCUGUACUGUCUGUCAUAUUAAACGAACCCACCCAUCUCCCUAACUCAUGUCAUCCUCCUUUGCAGUGUGGCCGUCUGUCGCUUCAGUAACACCGGCGAUGACUGGUAUGUUCUGGUGGGUGUGGCCAAGGACCUUAUCCUGAACCCACGCUCUGUCGCUGGUGGGUUGGUUUACACCUACAAACUAAUAAACAAUGGAGAAAAGCUGGAGUUUGUGCACAAGGUAUGUGCUUCAUGGGAUGGGAGCUCUGCCAGCCUGGAUGGGUGGAUGGAUUGUAACUGAACUUUCUCUGCAGACAUCAGUUGAGGAGGUUCCCGCUGCGAUCGCUCCAUUCCAGGGGCGAGUGCUGAUCGGGGUAGGAAAGUUACUGCGCAUUUAUGACUUGGGGAAGAAGAAACUGCUGAGAAAAUGUGAAAAUAAGGUUUGUGGACAGAUUCUGAAACCGCUGUGGAAAAGGGGCUGGGUCAUGGGUUAACUGGGUAUAACUAAUGAUGUGUGUGUGUGUGUGUUUCAUGUGCUAAUUUUGGCAGGAAGUCUGUAUUUGUAUACAUAAAGCUUCAUGUAUCCCAGAGCAGUCAGUUUGUGUAUUGAUUCUGUGCAAUGGAGAACAAUUCUGAAGUUGCUUUUACUAGAAAUAAUCUAGCGAGGGGUAUAAAGAAAAGGCUUGGUGGAAUUAGAUUAGAUUUGUAACAUUUCUCCUGGACUCUCCAUUGAAGUCCUAUUUCAGAAGCCAUGCCUCAUUGUAUAAUAUGGGAAUGUUUUAUAUCUGUAUGGGAGGCUACUGCUAUAUGAUGCCAGUCAUAUAAUUAUUCUUCCCUUUGUCACUUAGCACAUUGCCAACUUUAUUGUUGGUAUCCAGACCAUCGGGCAGCGUGUGAUUGUGUCUGACGUACAGGAGAGCUUUAUAUGGGUGCGUUACAAACGCAAUGAAAACCAGCUGAUCAUUUUUGCAGAUGAUACCUACCCUCGCUGGGUCACUACUUCCUGCCUUUUGGACUAUGACACGGUAGCCGGGGCUGACAAGUUUGGAAAUAUCUGCGUGGUGAGUGGAGGUCAUAGCUGGAUACUGUUUUAUGCUGCGAUGUUGUGCUAGUGCACCUACAGCGUGACAUAAGAUGUUUUGUGUACUACCAGUUGUUUGUUUUAUUUAUAUAAGGCCAGUAAAUUCCGUAUAGCUGUACAAUGGGAUAUUGUGUAUUUGUAAUAUCCUCUGUGUAUGCAUAAGGAAUACAAAAAGCCAGAGCCCAGGCUUUACCAUAGGUGUGUCCAAUAAAGGAACCGUAACCAGAGGAAGGAAUUUAACAGCGUUUUCCACAGUGAUUUCUCCAAUUUUCUGUUAAUGACAAACCUCUUCUGGUGGGAUAAAGCUUUUUGGGUUCAUUUACUAUCAAAAUGUGUACAGAAAUUUGGUGAAAAUUCAGUGCUAAGAGCCAGUGUGAAAAUGGUCAUGCAAAAAUGGAAAACCCUCAGUAGCUCAAGGGUUAACCAUGUGCUGGAUGGCCAACCACCACCUUUAAAGGGUUACUUCAACCACCAUGACCACUUCUGCUUUUCAUUGGGAGUCUGUGAUUGGACAGCCACAGAAAGUCUGGGCGUGGCUAGAAGGUGACUGUUUGCAAAGGCUGCAGACUCGAUAGGCUCUCAGUGGAAAAAAUACAUUAAAAGUGUUCAGGUGGUAGUAUAUCUACUAAAUAGGGAUUUGUUUUUGUGUUUUUAUAUAUUCUGCAGCGAUGUGUCAUGUUUUUAAAAACACAAACUGCUUCGUUAAGAUAAAAUUGUUUAGGAUGUCUCUUACAAGCAGUUUCAUUGGGAUUGUUGCUGGCCAUUGGUUUGAUUUCUACACCCUUCUUUGAUGGAUAUUGCUUUUGUAAAAGACUUGAGGCAUUCUAUGAGCAUAUCAACUUCAACAUUGAGAGAUACAUUUUUUUUUACUCGUGGUAUAAAACUGGAUAGGAGAAAUAGUAUCAGGGUGAUUGCAGUAGAUGUGCUUUAUUCUGCUGGUUCGGACUGGCCUCUCCUGAUGGUUUUUAUAUCCUCUGUCUUCAGGUGCGAUUACCUCAGAAUAUAAAUGAUGAUGUUGAUGAAGAUCCCACUGGUAAUAAAGCCUUGUGGGACAGAGGUCUUCUCAAUGGUGCUUCCCAGAAGGUAAUGGCCUGCCUUUCUCUCCAAUUUUUGCUUCUGUUUGUGUUUGUUUUCUCCCUCUAACGGAAUUUGGUCUGUUUUCCCCUCAGGCGGAGGUGAUCAUGAAUUACCAUGUGGGAGAGACUGUGCUGUCACUACAGAAGACUACACUUAUUCCGGGUGGCUCCGAAUCGCUGGUCUACACUACUUUAUCAGGAGGGAUUGGAAUCCUUGUUCCCUUCACAUCACAUGAGGUGACUUGGCAAGCCCAGCAUUCUCUAUGGCCCUUUGUGACAUGUAGCCAUGUUAGUUAUGACAUUUUAUACCAAUGUGUAUAGUGAGACUUUUAAAUCUCUUAAAGGGACACUAUAGGCACCCAGACCAUUUCAUGACAUUGUAGCGAUCUGGGUGAUCUUAGCCCCUGUGAUGUAAAACUUGAGAAGCUGUACUGUUUAUAUUGCGAGACUAAGACCGCCACGAGGCGCCAAAAGCGUGAACCCACGCCUUCUAAAUCCACAUAGAAAGCAUUGAUUCAAUGCUUUCCUAUACAGAAGGCCCAAUGCACAUAGCACUCACUGCCAUUAGGUUUCCAUAUUGGCUGGUGGAGGAAGAGCUCGACCCAGUGCCGAGGGACCUCCAUGCUGAAAACUGCUAUUUAACCCUUUUCAUGGCUAGGGGUGAGACAUGGAGCAGAGGAACAUCGAUUUGAAGCAUUGCUAUAGAUGGACAGCGUUCCUUUCACCUGACCGUGUGCAUGUUUAUCCUUUCACCUGACAGUGUGCGUGUUUAUCCUUUCACCUGACAGUGUGCGUGUUUAUCCUUUCACCUGACAGUGUGCGUGUUUAUCCUUUCACCUGACAGUGUGCGUGUUUAUCCUUUCACCUGACAGUGUGCGUGUUUAUCCUUUCACCUGACAGUGUGCGUGUUUAUCCUUUCACCUGACCGUGUGCGUGUUUAUCCUUUCACCUGACCGUGUGUCCUGUUUCACAUGUAGAAUAUUAAUCCAUGCAUCUUCUCCUUACUUUUCAGGAUCACGACUUCUUUCAACAUGUCGAGAUGCACUUGCGCUCUGAGCACCCCCCGAUCUGUGGUAGAGACCACCUUAGUUUCCGCUCUUAUUACUUCCCAGUCAAGGUGAGUGUUUGUUUUUUUUUGCUUGUCCUAUUUACAGUAAGGGCUGUGCCAUUACUCAUCAAGUUAAUGUGAUGGAUAGCCAGGCUGUCCUAAAACAAGCCUCUAUGAACACUUUAUACUUUACAAUGGAAGCUCUGUGUAGGAUUUAAUUGGCAUCCUUGGAGCCAUGCAAUAUUAUCCAUCCAUUAUUAUUAUUAGCCUUUUUAUAGCGCCAACAUAUUCCACAGAACUUCACAAUUCUGCAAAGGCCAUAUUUAGAGGUGAAGGAGCUGAUUGCUCUACAGCUGGUAACAAUCACCAUGGAAACAAUGUUCCUACUGAUUGCUCUACAGUUGUAACAAUCACCAUGGAAACCAAUGGAAUGUUCCUGCUGAUUGCUCUACAGUUGUAACAAUCACCAUGGAAACCAAUGGAAUGUUCCUGCUGAUUGCUCUACAGCUGUAACAAUCACCAUGGAAACCAAUGGAAUGUUCCUGCUGAUUGCUCUACAGUUGUAACAAUCACCACGGAAACCAAUGGAAUGUUCCUGCUGAUUGCUCUACAGCUGUAACAAUCACCAUGGAAACCAAUGGAAUGUUCCUGCUGAUUGCUCUACAGUUGUAACAAUUACCAUGGAAACCAAUGGAAUGUUCCUGCUGAUUUCUUCUUCAAUGCCCCCAACGAAGGCCAAUAGAUUAGAAAUAUUGUAUCCUUCGUGCUCUGAUAUCACUGCCUAUUUUCAUUUCACAGAAUGUAAUAGAUGGAGAUCUGUGUGAACAGUUCAAUUCAAUGGAGCCAAUAAAGCAGAAAAGUGUUGCAGAGGAGCUGGACAGGACGCCCCCAGAGGUCUCCAAGAAGCUGGAAGACAUUCGCACACGCUAUGCCUUCUAA